AUGGAAAAACUUACUGCAUACAAUAAAAAAGGUUCUUGCUCUAAAGAGGAAACUUUAACAACAAACAGUAUCCCUAAAACUCCGGUAGACCCUGCACAACAGGACGGCAAUGAUAAUAGCACUCCUAGUUGGGAAGAACAAGUAUCGCUAGAGAACGAAAUAGGUUUCUCCAAAGAAAGUGAGAAUCAAAACAACAAACUAGACGCGUCUGAUCACGAGACACGUAAUGAAAAACUCAACAACAAAGAAGACUCGGUUCCAACAACAACGAAACGCAAGAAAAACAGAACCACCUCUUUUGAAGGAGAAGAAGAAAGAAACAAAACUCUAGAACAAGAGGUUCUCACAGAGGACCUAAACAUGGACAUGAACCAAACAGAAGAAACUCCUUUACCCAACUCUGAGGAAACUUUAACCAACUCAGAAAAG